GGCAGCACAGUACGAGGAUAUGAGUAAUGAUAGCCCAAUAACAACCAAGUGGCAACAGUGGAGUAUUGCAACAGAUCCCAGCAGAGAGAGAACGAUCCGUGUUGCGGAGUGUCAAAUAUGUCUGACAACACUGAAACCGUCAAUGGUUAGGGUGCGUGCAAAGAGAAAGCAGGUUUGCCCGCGAGGGCAACCGGCGCUGACCCGCGCCAAGUAUUAAACCUUAUAAUACAAGUUCUAGAGUCGGCGCCGGCAGCCUGCCUAAACCCGCUUUCCGGUUUGCAUGGUUCAUUCUUGCCUGCUCAACCCGCGCGGUUAGACGCUACUGAAUGGAGAGCAGGAUGGAUGUUGAGCUCCUCUGAUAUGCAAAGUUUAUGAGAGAGCGUGUAUGAAAUAAGUAGAAUAAGCACCACCAGGCAUGUGGUGGAUAGCCUGUGGCUUGAAAUCACCAAGGAAUUGAAGUGUGAAGAAAGGUGAUGAGAGACAUGCCUACCCUGAAGGUCCCAAUGUCUCUCUUCACUCCAGAUCAAGUUGGGGUGGGACCAAACUGUUUCAUCAUGCCCACGCCCUUUAAGGAUUGGUAUCCUAAAUAUGCUUCAUUCUCUGUCCGGAGUGAUGAUGUCUGGGUCAUCACCUAUCCAAAAACUGGAACAACAUGGACUCAAGAAAUUGUAUGGGGUCUUCUUCAUGGCUUGGAUUCUCCAGAUAUUAAACUUGAACUUAUGAAAAGAUUCCCAUUCUUUGAGUUUGAUAGUCUGCUCUCACCUGAACAUAAACUACCACCUUCUGCACCUGAAGAUUCUCCUGCCCACCUGGGUAAUUCUUGGAAAAGAGUACAAGAACAGACUCCACCUAGAGCCAUCAAGUCACAUUUACCAAAAGAGCUACUACCCUCUGACCUCUGGGAAAAAAACCCAAAGAUAAUAUAUGUCACCAGGGAUCCACGGGAUGUUUGUGUCUCCUAUUUCUUUCACAACUGCAAACUAGAAGGUUAUUCUGGAACCAUGAAGGAGUUUGUUGAUACUUUCUUGGAUGAAAGAGUGUCUUAUUCACCAUUCUGGGUGCAUGUCCUUGACUUCUGGAAGAUGAGAAAUGAAGAAAACAUCCUCUUUUUACGAUAUGAAGACAUGCAGAAGAACCUUCAAGGAGUAAUAAGACAGUUGGCAGACUAUCUAGAAGUUAAUGUGAGUGACAAUGAAGUUGAAGCACUGGCUCAUCACUGCUCUUUUGACCAAAUCAAAAACAAUCCUGCUGCCAACAAUGAAACCUUUUUUGAUGCUCCUAACACAGCAUCUCAAAAAAUCAAAUUUAUGAGGAAGGGAAAGACAGGUGACUGGAAGAACCACCUGACAAAGGAACAACUGACUGCCUUCAAGGAGUGGACUGAGAAAUACCUGGAAAAUUCAGACUUUCCAUACUACCGUGACUAUGAGUAACAAGUGGGGCAUAGAUUCAUCCUUUCCUUUUUGUUUGCUUAUUUCUUAUAUGAAGUGAGACCAUUUCGAACACCAUACAGAAAUGAAGGAACUUUAAACACUAAGUACUGUAGAUCAUUAUGCAAAAUGCUAAAGUUGGAAUAUGUCAAUGUAACAGAUGACUGGAAAAGUGUUAAUGUAAAUAAGCAACUACCAGUACAUAACUAGAUGGCCUAGAUUAAAGUACUGUAGAUUUAAUUCAUAAUAAAUAUACUCCAAAACUUUUAAAGAUAUAAACAUUAUAUGUAUUUUGUGGCUUAAUGAAAGCAAUAGGAUGGAUGGUUAGCAUGGUGUAAAUCAUAAAUUCUGUUUGAGCAUU